GGCGAGCCGCAGGCGCGCCUACGUCACAGCAGGCGCUGCACCCACCAAAGGCGCAUGCAACUCCACAAGCCGAACCCCAACAUCGCUCGUACAGCCCGCCUGCUCCGCGACCGACGAGCGACGACGCUGCUCCGCCGACACUGAGCGACCGGGCUUGCAGCGCUCCGAUCGGCUGAUGCGCAGACUAUGCGCGCCAACUCGACGCAGAAGGCCUACGACGAGGCCUUCCUCGCCUGCUCGACUGCCGUCUACUUUGAGAGCCAGAACAACGAGCCCGAAGCGCUGCGCUCGUGGAAGAGCGCCCUCGACCAGAUCUACUACCACAAUGCCCACCGGCAGCCCUCCAGUUCCCGGCCUGCGUCCGAGACCGAGAAGGCGCUGGCAGAAUCACUGCACCAGCUCGAGCUGCAGUGCAAAGAGCGGGUAGACCUGCUGGAAGCGCUGAAGCGAAGCCGCGAGGAGUCGAAUGAGCAGCUCACGUCUCCCCCGCCCGGCGCUGAUGCAAAAGCGCCCACCCCUCCUCCCCACGGCGUCCCCCUUGCUCCCGCCGAUACCAAUGGAUCAUCCGGCUGGCUCGGGGGUGGAACCAUACCGCCGGUGGAGUACACCGACCUCUCACGUCCACCUCUACCGCAGCGUCCGUCGCUCCUGCCGCGCAAGAGCUCUGGCGCCGAAUCCAAUCGCACGAAGAGCGCUCCCCAGGUCGGGCCGUCGUUGUCGCCUGCACCUACACGGAGCAAAGAUUCGCGGACGCCGUCGCCCGAGAAGAAGGGGCGUCUAUUGAGGACCUUGAGACCAGGAAGGGAGGGUAAACAGUCAGCCCCGAGGCUGCCUACUUCAAUGCGAUCGCGGCCACCAGAAGCCGCAAAAGCGGCGACUCAAGCCUGGGGCUCCAAGCCUACCCAAAGCUCCAGCCGGCUGACCAAGGCGUCAUUGCCUUCAUCUCAAAAUGCUCCAAGUCGACCCUCAUUCGAAAGACCAGGGUCCGGGCCUGACUCCGAGAGGCCAGUACUACAACCGCCGAACCAUGAAACAUAUCAGCCUCCCGCUCCUUUCUAUUUUCGAUCCAAUGGCGCAUCAGGAUCCGCCGCUUACACCGUUCCUCCCCCAGAUAACGGCAUUGACCCCGAACUCUCCUCUCGACCUCAGCGCAUCAGGAGGGACCUGUCUUCCCCCCUCGAUCAAAGGAGCUCUCUCGACCUAGGACGAGUAAAGAGCAGCCAAUCGAGCAGCACAUUGUUGCCUUCGUAUCGGAAUGAAUAUCCCGAAUCCGUGCAGAAUGCUCGCCUUCUAGCCGCUUCAGCAGCCGCGAGAUCCUGGACCGACCUUGAAUCUGACAAACUUGGGCCUCCCGGGGAUUUUGCCUCGGGCAGGAAGCCGGAUGGGACCCUGUCACAACAGCCUGUCGCUAACAACCGCGGGCGGAAACCAAAGAAGGAGCAAGAAGAAACCAUUGCGUUGGAAGAGGACAAUUUCAACAAGACGCAACCACCAGCACGUAGAAACAGGAAGACGAAACAAGACACAGCGCGCGCAGAUCUUCCCCCUACUCCCACGUCAGAAACGGGAAUUUCAGAAGAGUCGGAACAGGAGUCUGACGAAUGGAAGGAGCGCGUACGUAGUAUCCUGAAAAAUCUGCCUAGGGGGGUUGACGAAGCUGCCGCUCAGCAAAUCCUUAAUGAGAUCGUAAUCCAGGGCGAUGAGGUCCAUUGGGACGACGUAGCAGGUCUCGACAUCGCGAAAUCCGCUCUCAAGGAGACAGUCGUAUAUCCUUUUUUGCGACCAGACUUGUUUAUGGGUCUGCGAGAGCCAGCAAGGGGAAUGUUACUAUUUGGGCCACCUGGGACAGGCAAGACCAUGCUUGCAAGAGCGGUGGCAACAGAGUCGAGAUCCACCUUCUUCGCCAUUUCGGCCAGCAGCCUGACGUCCAAAUUUUUGGGCGAGUCUGAGAAGUUGGUCCGCGCGCUCUUUGCCCUGGCGAAGAUGCUCGCGCCCUCCAUCAUCUUCGUCGAUGAAAUCGACUCUCUCCUCUCUUCGCGUUCUGGUUCCGGCGAGCACGAAGCUACACGACGCAUCAAGACAGAGUUCCUCAUUCAGUGGUCGGAUUUAGCCAAAGCAGCAGCAGGAAGGGAGCAGACCGAGAAGGAUAAAGAGAAGGGAGAUGCGAGUCGCGUGCUUGUCCUUGCUGCCACGAACCUGCCUUGGGCGAUCGAUGAGGCCGCGAGACGGAGAUUUGUGAGGAGGCAAUAUAUCCCCUUGCCAGAGGAUCACGUAAGGAAGACGCAGGUGAAGACACUCUUGAGUCAUCAGAAACAUGAGCUUAGCGAGGCGGAUUUGGAUCGCCUUAUUAGGCUCACUGAAGGCUUCUCCGGUUCUGAUAUCACAGCGCUUGCCAAAGACGCGGCUAUGGGGCCUCUCCGUUCCCUCGGCGAGAAACUACUCCACAUGACCAUGGACGAGAUCAGGCCUAUGCGGUUUAAGGACUUCGAGGCUAGCCUGCAGACUAUUAGACCAUCUGUAAGCAGGCAGGGACUGCAGAAAUAUGAGGAUUGGGCGCGGGAGUUUGGCGAAAGGGGCGGUUAGUUCAGGUAGCUUAUCCGCACGAGACUUGCACAUGGCUUUUACGCUUGCAAGGGAGGAAUCGGCCCCCAUAUUGUAGCGAGCAGGAACGUGUGUGGAGAUAAUCAAAAUAGCCCACCGAAUGAUGCUAUUUUGUGUGACUUCCUGUCCACUUUGAAUUGCAGAGGUGCCUCUAAUUUUCGAAAGGGAGCUAGCAUGUCUACCGAUUGGGGGUCGUCAGCAUACGAGUAUAGAGCUUCUCGUCAUCGCCUCACGUUUAG